AUGAGUUGUAACUAUACGCACCGUUUCAUCGCGCUCGCAUCUUCCUUAUUUGUCGCCUUGUAUCUCACCUCCACUGUGGCAAACGACGUCGUUGCACGAACCUGUGAGAUCUCCGCCGCGAAAGAUCCCAACGUCCAUCUCGACUUCUGUCUCCGAUCUCUCGCAGCCGCUCCCGCGAGCGACACGGCGGACCUGUACGAACUCGGUGCGAUCUCGAUCGAGUUGAUCGGAAGGAACGCGACCAGUACGCGGCGGUACAUCGAGCGCUUACUGAAGAAGAAGAAGAAGAAGAAGAAUCCGUCGCCGGAUUCGUACUUGAGGCCACCACUGAACGAUUGUAGAGAGCUCUACUCCGACGUCAGAGUAACGGUGCGCGAUGCGGCAGCGGACUACGCAUCGAAGCGCUAUGAAGAGGUGAACGUGAAGUUGAGUUCGAUUAUGGAUGCGGUUACGACUUGUGAGGACGGCUUCAAGGAAAUGGACGGCGGAGUUUCGCCAUUGACGAAGCGGAAUGACGAUGCGUUCGAGUUAACCGCCAUUGCGCUCUGUAUUCUCAACAUGCGUCCUUGA